UCCACAGGUGUUCAGAGUUUAUAUUACAUCAGGUAUUUGUACACUGUUUGAGCUAACUUGAACAAUGUAUACAUUUACAAACAAUUCAACUUGGUUCAUUUCAAAAGAUUAAAACAAAUAUAACAAGUAAAACUUUCUCUUUAACUUAACAAGGUAAAAGCAAUUCAGAUGCGCUGAGGACAGUCCAAUGCAGCCGUUCUGAGAGAUUUCAUAUUAAAAAAUGUGCAUAUACACAUAUACAAGAAGACUUGACCAGGACAGAUGAACCCAUAGCUAUUGUCUUUUUACUCUGUGGGAUGCCUCAGACAAAUCCCUCUCAGUUGCAGGUGGUCAGGCGUGAGCAAAGAGUUAAGUCCUCGGGUCCCUCUGCCCCUCCCCUUUGAUGUCCUGACAUCAUUGGCCCUGCCCCCUAAAAUAAUCCUCCCUUCCCCCAAAUUCCAGCUUUCGGCAGAGUGCAGAGAAACUGUAAGGGUGUCCUGCACAGGACCAAGGGUUAGCAAACCACUGUGGAAAUGCAGAUAAGAAAUAUGCUUUAGGGUUUCUCGAAGACAAUUGCAUAUAUUGACUGUGAAGGUGUUGCGCUUGUGGCAGAGAGAGAUGGCUGUUCAGGCUGCCAUCAUGAACUCGCAGUUCUUAAACUUCUGUUUUCCUGGCUCGGUCAUGGAUUAUGAGGUGGAAAAGGGUCUGGAAGGGGGUCUCCUGGGUGAGGUGGACUGCGAGGGCGACUUUAAGGAGACCACUAGAGACCUGCUUAGCUUCAUCGACUCGGCUUCCAGCAACAUCAAACUUGCACUGGACAAACCUGUCAAGUCCAAGAGGAAAGUCAACCACCGAAAGUACCUGCAGAAGCAGAUUAAGAGGUGCACAGGAAUCAUCUCGCCAGGAACCACGCCGGUUCAGGAGACAUGUAAGAGGCAAGGCUCGCCCCAAACCCCAGCAAGCAACCUCUCCAAAACGCCUCCCAAGAAGGAUGGGAUACAGGCCAACCUGCAAAGCAAGAGUCUGGCUGCCCUCUUCAACUCGGCGAAGGAUGUACGAGGAGAGAGGGCCAAGAAGCCCCCGCUGCGGCAUCGAAACCUUCCUCCAUCCUUCUUCACGGAGCCGGCCAACAGCUCCAGAGUUACAUCUACUUCUGGCAUGUCGCUCAAAGACCUGGAGCGAGGGACUCCGGAAGCAGCAGAGUUCUUGGAGCUUCUUGGACCCGACUACAGCAACAUAGUCUCGGAGCAGGAUCUAUUCCACACUGCACCUAUCAGGAUUCAACAGGAGGUGACCGUGGGCCCCGAGCCAUAUGACUCCCACCAUUUUGUAAGUGGUGGGUUCUUGUACACUGAACCUUGGGGCACUUGUAGCGGCACCCCCAAAAAGUUGGGAGACAUGCGGACAGUACCAGUACAGCCAAAUCUUUAUACUCACACAGACCUUUCUGGCAGCGUGCCUGUGGAACAGAGCUCGCCAUGUGCACUUACCUUUUCAAACUUCUUUACAGACUGCUCCGCACCUCCGGUCUCCUACGAUCUGGCAAAUGGAUACAACAGAGGGAGCUUUUCUUCACUUUAAGCCAGAGAUUUUCGGUUUCCCAGACAUUACAUUGGAACAAAAACACUUUUGCAUUUUUCAGUCUGGUAUUGACAAAGGACGCUAUGUGUGAUUGCCCUUUUAGUCCUAAAAGAUUUGACUCAAAACCAGCUAAGGGUCCCUUUUAAAACACUGCUUGAUGGGAUAACAUGUAUACAGUAGCAACAUGUAAAAGGUUUACAACUUUAAGAUGUCGUUUACAUCUAAGGAUGAACUUUCUCCAAUAUUUAAUGAAAACAAAAUGUGUUUUACACAUUUCUAAUCCUAAAUUAACAAAACUAUUACUCAGAAAUUUAUUUUAUUGCUCCCUGUAAAUAAAACAACAAAAACACUUUGGACAUCUUAUCCUUUAACAUGCAUUGUUUGAUUUCUAAUAUUACCAAUUUGAAGCAACAAUUUGUUACAGAGCUGAUCUCAGGUUGUUCUGAUAAUUUGUUUAAACACAUCACAGACUAAAUAGUCACAAAUAUACAGUGACCCAAAGUAUUUGAAUGCUUAAGCCACACUUAAAAUGUAUGGGUUUAUUUCCAUGAGAUAACAAAAAAUAUCAAAUCAAGUGGCAUCUGAAAACAAAUGAUGCUCGAUAUUUUUUUUUCUCUCAGAGCUAACUUCACACGGUCAUUUUUGCAGUUACUUUAAUCAAAAGGUGUUACAGUGGCUGUAUGAAGUCGAUCAAGUUCACAGAGCUGUUCUAUCAGAGUAGGUGUAGUUCAUCUAUGAACAUGACACACUACGAUUUAACAACCAUGUAUUUUAAACAGUAUAUUGGUUGUUUUAUAAUUUAAAACCAAAUGUUAUCAAAUGUUUUGUGUGCAUAUGCUAUCUUUCUUAAAAAUAAAUGCCACUUGGACUGAUAUUUUAUAUUUACUACCAUGACAUUUAAGUGUCUUUUAAGUGCAAACUUUAGGGCCAAGUCACAAAAAUAUAUAUGUAACAUCCUGCAAUAGUGGCAAUCAAGACAAUCUGUCUACAAUUUAUUUUGUAUCACUGUUAAUCCAUAGUUUAUUGUCUGCUGACUGCUAAACAUGCAAUAUUAGCUUUGCACAUCUAAAACAAUGACUUACAGUUGCCUUAAGGUAAAUGUCUGAAUGAAUAUACUUCAAAUGUACAUCACAAGAAAAGCUCUAGGUCUGGAUUUAGGAGUUUCUUUGUAUUCUGAAAGAAAUGGAAAACGGUUUGUGUGUAAAAGAGCUAAGGAAGUGAAGAGGAGAAGGGUGUGGUAAAACUGCAAAAUAAGCUAUAAUAUGAAUUGGUAAUAAUUAGUGGUGUUGUAUUUGCAAUACACAAAUUUUUUUCAUUAAAAAGGAGGCACAACAUGAAAGAAGGAACUUUAGAACAUUGCUUUGUAACACUAUUGACCUUAUACUGGUUUCUAAUUAGAAUUAAAUUUGGAAUCGGACAUUUCCAAUUGCACUGGGAAUCAACAGAUAGUUAAAAUAUAUGAAGCUAAUGAAUACUUUUUUAUUUAGUUGUAGUUUUAAAUGAAUUUUAUGUGGGAAGCAUAAGCCAAGAGUGAAAAAAUGGUGUUUGUAAUUUAUAUGCUAAAACUAGUGCUUUCUCGUCACACUGUUUGCAGUAAAGAAUCAAAAACACUUGGCUUGUCUGACAUUUACAUGAACUGGUACUUAUCGUCUGUUUAGUAAUAAUGAAUCGCACACCUAAAUCUAUGAACUUACAGGGGCACUGGAUGAAAGUUUUCUUGGGUCAUGAAGUAAUAAGACAAAAUAAAGCUGGUCUUUAUGUCUAUUAAAGAAAAGAUCUCUUUGCAUGUUUAUUUUUUUAUCAUAACGAACAUAAAUGUGUGUUGAUUAAUCUCAAAACAAUAAAA